UCCGGGGAGGGGCCAAAUUUUCUUGGAGGAUUAGGGACGCUGCGAUUCACUUAGGAUGGCUGUUUUACAGCUACUGUUGUUUGGGGGUUUGUGGAGCUCUGUGGGGGCGUCCAGUCUGGCUGUCGUUACUUGUGGAUCUGUGGUGAAGUUACUCAAUACGCGCCACAACGUCCGGCUGCACUCACACGACGUGCGCUAUGGGUCAGGUAGUGGCCAGCAGUCAGUGACAGGUGUAACCUCUGUGGAUGACAGCAACAGUUACUGGAGGAUACGGGGGAAGACUGCCACGGUGUGUGAAAGGGGAACCCCCAUCAAAUGUGGCCAGCCCAUCCGACUGACACAUGUCAACACUGGCCGAAACCUCCAUAGUCACCAUUUUACUUCACCUCUUUCUGGAAACCAGGAAGUGAGUGCUUUUGGUGAGGAAGGUGAAGGUGAUUACCUGGAUGACUGGACAGUGCUCUGUAAUGGACCCUACUGGGUGAGAGAUGGUGAAGUGCGAUUCAAACAUUCUUCCACUGAGGUACUGCUAUCUGUCACAGGAGAACAAUAUGGUCGGCCCAUCAGUGGACAAAAAGAGGUGCAUGGCAUGGCCCAGCCAAGCCAGAACAACUACUGGAAAGCAAUGGAAGGCAUUUUCAUGAAGCCCAGUGAGUUGUUGAAGGCGGAAGCUCACCAUGCAGAACUAUGAGUCCAGAGGCUCUGAGCCGCUUUCACCACACAGUGUUCACAGACAUCUGCUGCUUCACCGUGGGAUCCCUGUCACAAGUACCCUGUGUAGCAGCCAUGUCCCCAUUGAGAUGAAGAUGACAAUAGAAAACAGUGGUUGUGUUUGGAAGCUGUAACUCUUUUCAUCUGAAUUGGUUGCUCUCCCAAACUUGGGUCAGUCCUGAGCAGAGGACUUGUUGAAGGUGCAGGCGCUUUUUAUUCAUAUUGGUUUAAAAAAAAAAAAAUACUAAGGGAAUUUCCUCUUAGCUGGGAAGUUUUUACUCCUCAGGGGCUUGGCAUCAUGGAUUGUUUAAUGACUCCUCUUUUUUGUUUUUCAUUGCUAAGAAUUGAACCUAGGGCCUUGCACAUGCUAGGCAAGUGCUCUAGCAUUGAGCAAGACCCCCUGCCCACAUCAUGAUGUUCAUGUGUAUGACUUUUCCCCUCAUGUGUGUGACUUUUCCCCUAUUUUUCUUUCUCCAAAAUGACUUAAAAAAAAAUUCUAACAUUUGUCA